AUCUACUAUAAAAAAGCAAAGAAUGUAUUUGCUGAAGAAGGAAGUUCACAGGCAGAUGAAGGUUAAGGGAGAUUACAAGGGUUGGUACACUCACGAGCACUCAGCUGAGUAUCUCCGUAUGUCGAUGGCAAACAACAAGCAGAAUAUUGAAUCAAACAACUUCCGAGAUUAGAACUGUAGAAGAGAAUCUUAACGGGAUUGUUCAGAUAUUUAACAUGACUAUGAUGUAAUUUACAAUAGAAUAAGUACCCCUUCACGGUGUGAUACAUUAUCAUUAUUUUAAAUUUUUUAAUCAAUCUCUAAAUGUAGAUUUAUAUGUAUAAACAAAAUAACAUCCAACCUUUUCCCUUUAGUCUAUUUAGGUUGUUUCAGACAAAAUGGUGAAAGAAAAGAAGAAAAAGAUUCAUGUAAAAUUAAAUUUAAAAGAGGAGGAGCCCCACUGGAGUACCGGAAAUAAAUGUCUGGUUGUUCUGUUAGCAAUUGUACUUGGAGGGGUAAACCACUACCACGUGUCCUCGUUGUUCGAGAAUGAUCGACAUUUUAGCCAUUUGUCAAAUAUGGAGAGAGAAAUGACUUUCAGGACUGAGAUGGGUCUGUACUAUUCUUACUUUAAAACUAUUGUUUCCUCUGAAUCAUUGACUCAGGGGGUUUAUAAACUUUACAGGAAUAAUGUGACUGAGUAUCCGGAUACAAUAAACACACUCAAGAGGUUUAACUUGUAUCCAGAGUUAGUGGUCGGAGCCCUCUACAGAGGUUUUAACAAUCUAGGACUGUUAAGUGAAGUUUGCUGGACAGUGAAUAGAGGAAAGGAUUUAGAUCCUGUUCAGAGCUGUGAAGGAUUAAAGGAUCCUCCCCACUUUUAUCUUGCCUUUGUAUGGUUGUGUGCUGGUGCUACAGUUUCAAUUCUCUUUAUUCUUGGAGUAUAUUUAUCAGAUUCUAUUAUGGGAGGUCUUCUUGCUUCCUUGUGUUUCUUUUUCAACCACGGCGAAUGCACCCGAGUAAUGUGGACUCCGCCUCUUAGAGAGAGUUUUGCUUUUCCUAUCUGCCUUCUACAGAUUUUGUCUGUCAGUAUAACCACAAGAUCAGUUUGUCCGAACUGGAAGAAUCUGUUCUCUACAGCGUUCUCUACUUCCGCCUUUAUACUCUGCUGGCAGUUUGCACAGUUUAUGCUGUUUACACAAUGUGCGGCAGUCUUCUCUUUAUACAUCUUGGGUUUACUGCAUAAAGAUGUAUUCUCUAGUAUUAUAGUUUCACUGUUGAUAGGAUUGUUACACUCUGUAGCCCUGAUGUUUGGUAACGAGAUGUUGUUCUGCUCCUGGUUCUUCUCCUCUCUGCUCUCCUCCCUUCUCCUAGUCCUACUCCUGGAUGGAGUGCUCAACCAUCUUCCUUCUCUUCUACGGGUUCCUACUCAGGGUGUUCUAUUUCUUGUUCUGACAGUUGGAGCAAAACUCGCUUUAUCUAGGUUGCUUCUAGUCCAGGAUGAUGCGCAUGUUUUUGAAAUUUUCAAAUCCAAGUUUUCUGAUUUCAAAAACUUUAACACUCAGCUGUAUACAUGUGCUGCAGAGUUUGAUUUCUUGGGUUGGGAGAUGCCCUACAAGAUCAGUUUGACCCUGCUACUACCAGCAGCUGUUGUAGCGGUCAUUCUUGUCGUUCUUCUAUUAGCAAGGGCAAUGAAAUCAGUAUUUGACGGGUCAAAAGAGGUUAUAACCGUGGACCCUGCUGUUGUUUACAAUGUGCUGCAAGCUGUUGCCUACGCUGCUCUAGCAAUUAUGAUCAUGAGACUGAAACUGUUUCUAACUCCUCAACUAUGUAUUCUAAGCUCCCUGCUUGCAUCUCCCACCCUCAUCAGCUCAGCUCUACCAACCUGUAGCAAACUUAACUCCAGGGAGUUACAAACCGGUUUUAUUGUUGUACUGCUGGCCAGUAUGGGUGUUAAGGGUGCACAAAAUAUUAAAGAACAGUGGAACAUUAUUGGAGAGUAUUCAGAUCCGCAGUUAGAGGAGAUGUUUGAAUGGAUAAUGAAGAAUACACCGACAAAUGCUGUUUUCGCGGGACCUAUGCCGACAAUGGCAAACCUACUGCUAUCCACUGAGCGACCAAUUGUGAAUCAUCCUCACUACGAGGAUGUCGGUUCGAGGGAGAGAACCAAGACAGUUUACUCGGUCUUCUCCAGGAAGGAGGUCGAGGAGGUUUAUAAACUCCUGGAGGAUAUCAAGGUUGAUUAUCUGGUCCUAGCUAGGAGCUGGUGUUUAAGUAUAGAACGUGGUGGAUGUGCUAUACCGGAGCUCUGGGAUCUAGAGGAUAUUCAGAAUAUUCAGAGGCCUGCUGUGUGCCCUGUUCUCUGGAAAGAUGGAAAACCAUUCAAGAAAGUUUUCCAAAAUCAAGAUUAUAAAAUCCUUCAAAUACGUAGAGCACUUCAUAUCAGUCCGAAACCUCAUUCAGUAGAUAGAUAGAUAGAUGAAUAAGUCACAACAUUCCUAUUGUGGGCUUUCUGUUUGAUUCGGUUUUAUCUUUGAAAUAUGCAAGUUUUUAAAUUAUUUAAAAUUAUAAGCUCUACUUUGCAUUUAUUACAAUAUAAUAAAUGUUGAUAGUUGACUCUGACAGAGCAUGCAAUUUUAAAGUACUUUAAUAUUCGUAAAAUUGGAUAGAAUUGGAUCAAGUAGAAUGUCCUUUUUGUCUAACACUUUACCCACAAAUAAGAGAAAAAAGAUCUUGCCAAUAUUUCUACUUGUGAAAAGUCAGUGAUCCUUAUACUAAUGUAAUCUGUAUCAUUCCACAAUUUAGUUUAAUUUGAAACUAUUUUGAUAUAAUUUUAUUAAUUUAUGAGUACUUCAAAAAUUUACACUUUUUUAUCUCAAUUGUUAACACAAAUAUCUGGUGAGUUUUGUUUACAAAUAUAUAUAUAUCGUUCA